UGUGUUCAGACGCACAGGGAAAUCCGUUGUUGCCUCGCUAGUUGAGAACAGUAACAAGUGAAACAGAUAAAUACAUGUUGUCUCCGGUAUGGACUUCAAGAAGAGCCGAUAUGGAAGGUUCAUGAAUGGCAGAGUUCCAUCCAGUAGGAGAUACCAGCCUACAGACUACGAACACGCUGCCAACUGUGCCACACAUGGACUCUGGAUCAUCCCCAGCCUGGUGGGCGGGUCUGUACUCUACUUCCUGUCUGUGGACCAAUGGCAGGCUGCUGCUGCCUGGUUGUACGGGGCGGGGCUUAGUGGUCUAUUCAUCUCCUCCACUCUGUUUCACACCGUGGCCUGGAAGAUCAGACACCUCCGUAGAGUGGAGCAGCAUUUCCACAUGUGUGACAGAAUGGCCAUCUACUUCUUCAUCGCUGCUUCCUACACCCCCUGGUUGAUGCUGAGGGAGUUGGGUCCGUGGUCGAGUCACAUGCGAUGGAUUAUCUGGAUCAUGGCAAUGCUGAUCGGCUCCACAUACGUCUUCUACUUCCACGAGAGGUAUAAACUGUUGGAGUUACUAGGAUACGUGGCCAUGGGGGCGGGGCCUGCACUUGUCAUCCUGUCCAUGGCGGACAGGGCAGGUUUGUGUGAGCUGGCGGUGGGUGGGAUUUUCUACGUAGUGGGUGUGGCCUUCUUUAAGAGCGAUGGAGUCGUCCCAUUCGCUCACGCCAUCUGGCACCUGUUCGUUGCCAUGGGAGCAGCUACACACUACUACGCUAUCUGGAGACACCUGUACACACCUGGACACUGAGACACACACCUACCGUGGUGAUAACUACACAGGGAUCUGGUCCUGUACACACCUGGACACUGAGACACACCUACCGUGGUGAUAACUACACAGGGAUCUGGUCCUGUACACACCUGGACACUGAGACACACACCUACCGUGGUGAUAACAGGGAUCUGGUCCUGUACACACCUGGACACUGAGACACACACCUACCGUGAUGAUAACAGGGAUCUGGUCCUGUACACACCUGGACACUGAGACACACACCUGGACACUGAGACACACACCUACCGUGGUGAUAACUACACAGGGAUCUGGUCCUGUACACACCUGGACACUGAGACACACACCUACCGUGGUGAUAACUACACAGGGAUCUGGUCCUGUACACACCUGGACACUGAGACACACACCUACCGUGGUGAUAACUACACAGGGAUCUGGUCUGUACACACCUGGACA